AUGGGCUGGCGCCGCGGGCCCCGAGCACCGAUUCGCGUCCACGAGCAGCCGCCGCUGGCCCAGAGCGCCACGCCGUUCGUCCACGAGCUGCCGCCGUCCCAGAGCGUCGCGCCGUCCAGGAGCUGCCGCCGUCCCCGAGCGUCGCGCCGUGUACGAGCUGCUGUCCCCGAGCAGAGCGCCGCGCGUCCACGAGCUGAUGAACCGACCCCAAGCCGCAAGAAGAAAGAUCUACCUAAAUUGGAGGGUCUGGAAAGUGCCUCAAAAGAACCUUUAUAUGAUGAAUCAAAGGGCUGUGACAAAGAGUUUACUACACUGCGUACAGUUCUUGAACUUCUUAAGUUGAAGGCUAGCACCGGAUGGAAGUACAUUAUGUUGACUAUUCUUAUUCAAGGUCCGAAAGCAGCUGGUGUUGAUAUUGAUGUGUUCCUGGAACCUCUUAUGGAAGAUAUGGCGAAGCUCUGGAAUGAAGGAGUUCGAAUAUGGGAUGAGUAUCGCCAGGAGUAUUUCAACCUAAGAGCAAUUAUAUUUGUUACCAUCCAUGAUUCUCCCGGGGGCGCCACACUUUCAGGGCAAAAGACCAAAGGAAAGAAUGGUUGUGUAGUGUGCGUGGAUGGAACUGCUUCCUUAUACCUUAAAUCAUCCAAGAAGUUGGUGUUCAUGGGACACAGACGGUUCUUGAUGAAGCAGCAUAAGUACCGAAAGAUGAAAGAGGAAUUUAACAAUGAACUGGAAAGUGAAGGUUGUAUUCGGAAAGGGGAGAAAAACAAAGGAGAAAAGAGAAAGAGAACUGACCCUUCAACUGACACAACUUUCAAGAAGCAAUCGAUUUUUUUCAAAUACCUCCCAUACUGGAAGGAUAUGGAAAUUUGCCACAGCAUUGAUUUGAUGCAUGUAACAAAGAAUGUUUUUGAUAGCAUCAUUGGAACCUUACUGGGCAUGCCGAGUAAGACAAAGGAUGGACUUAAGUCACGCCAGGACCUAGUAGAUCUUCAAAUCAGAUCGGAACUUCAUCCAGUGGAUAGUGGCAAAGGGAAGCCUUACCUUCCCCCAGCUAGCUACAACUUGACAGUUGAGGAGAAAACAAAAAUUUGCAAAUGUUUGCGUGGGAUCAAAGUGCCCACAGGUUUCUCAUCCAAUAUCAGCAAACUAGUUAGGAUGAAGGACUUGUCUCUAUUUGGUUACAACUCUCAUGACUGCCAUAUGAUGAUGACGGUGUUCCUCCCAAUUGCGUUGGAGCGGUACUUGGCAGUGUUAAAAGGUUAUGUGCGAAAUCGCGCUCACCCAGAGGGUUCAAUCAUGGAGGGAUACACUACAGAAGAAGUGAUUGAGAGCUGUAUAGAUUACAUCAGAGAUGGAACAAUGAUAGGUGUGCCUGUACCUAAACAUGAGGGUAAACUAUGUGGGAGAGGGAGAAUGGGCAGGAAAACUUUCCGCGUCGAGGAUUACAAGAUAGUACAUUGUGCUCAUGGUAGUGUACUACAACAUCUCGCGAUAGCCGAGCCUUACAUUGAGGAACACCUGGAUGAGCUUCGUAAAGAAAAUCAGAACCGCACAGAGGACUGGAUCAUGAGGGAGCACAAACAUCGUUUUAGCGAAUGGUUAAUGGACAAAAACAUCCCAUCCGGAGACUCUUUGGAAGAGAAAACAAUGAGGAAUUUGGCUUCUGGACCAUCGUGUUUAGUGACAUCAUGGCAAGCAUAUGACAUCAAUGGGUACACAUUCCACACUAAAUCAAAAGACAUGAAAAGUGUUGUGCAAAAUAGCGGUGUUCGUAUUGAUGCUUUUGACCUACAGGGACAGAAGACCACAUAUUUUGGAUUCAUAGAGGAAAUAUGGGAACUUGAUUAUGGUCCGAGCUUGAAAAUACCCUUAUUUAGGUGCCAAUGGGUACAACAUCCCGGGGGGGUGACAGUGGACAACUACGGACUUACGCUGGUAGACUUAAAGAAAGUAGGAUAUAAAGAUGACCCGUGGGUUCUCGCCGAAUGUGUUGCACAAGUGUUCUAUGUACUCGAUCCAUCAAAUGAGAAGUGCCAUGUAGUUAUUUCUGGAAAGCAAAAAAUUGUUGGAGUUGAGAAUGUGGGAGACGGAGAUGAGGAAUACAAUAAGUAUGAAGAGAUGUCCGUCUUUAAUGGUCCUGAGAGAAUCAAGCGUGUGGAAAAGAAAAUUGAUAAGAACUUGAAGCCAUACAUGCGGAAAAAUGGUAGUUCAUGA